GUCUCACUUGUACCCACUAUAAACAUUAAAUACGUGGUUUGUCUGCCUGGUGGUGUGCAGCAUUGUGGUAGUUAUUCCUUGAGGUGCUUCUGCAAUAGAAGGGUUACAUCUGUUGGUUCAGAGAUUACCACAGUGUGUAUCCUGUGGUAAUCUAAGCGGCAGCUCCAGCAGGGGCUGUUGAAGAAACAUUUAUUCUAUUUUGAGACAUGCUUAGUCAUCCCUCUUUUGGCCUCCAACAGGUUACAGGCAUUACUCCUUAUUCUCUCUUAGUAAAGCUGAUGGACAAUUUAAUGAGCAGGCCAGUUUGUGAGGAACAGUUUGUGGUGCUGGAGGAUGUGAAUUCAUAGUCCGAGUGUGUUGUGUAGUGCCAGCAGAAAUUGGAGAAUACACUGCACAUUUCGUUGUGCGUUGGUAAAACUCACAGUUUACAUCACGCAGGUAUGGAGCAGCUGCUCAAUGUGGGACAAGCAUAUGUAAGAGGAUCUUUAUUAGUAGGGAAUAUGAUACAGCCCUCCUGUGUCCUGUAGAGAACAUUCAGCUAUAAAUGUUUCUUCACAGUUGUAAACAGAAAACUUUAAUAAAGUAACUUGCCUUUAAUUUAGCUUUUUCUAAUUGUUAAACCUGCUUAUUUGAUUGUUUUACUUGUGUUGGUAUAGGCUGUGUAAAACACAUUGGUAUCCUUAAUUAAUAGUAUAUUUUGUGUUGGGUUUUUUAAGUAUGCAGAUCUAGUACAUUUUGUGUUUAACUGAAUUGUUACUUUAAUGAAAUUAAAUUUAAUUCUCUUAUCAGAAUUAAAAUGCUUUCUAUGGGGACUUCUGCCCCUGAUGCCAGGACUCUUUUGAAGACCUCGUUUGUUGCAUGGUUUAAAGGAAGAUGAUGUUGUUAGUGAAUUCUGAGCAUCCUUCAGGAGGCUGGUGACCCUUCUGUCACUGGUGUGUGCUGUCAUGGACAACUUCAAACGUUCUGAGCAUGUUUUACUACAUGUGCCUUCGGCGCCGAGCUAGGACAGCGACGAGAGGAGAAAUGAACAGUCGGAGGGCUAUUGAAUCGAACACCCGGGCCUUACCUAUCAAUGUUGAAAUAGUUCAGUAUGCCAAAGAAGUGCUGGAUUUCAGCUCUCACUAUGGCAGUGAGAACAGCAUGUCGUAUACCAUGUGGAAUUUAGCGGGUAUUCCCAACGUGUACCCUAGUUCUGGUGACUUCACCCAGACUGCUGUCUUUCGAACUUAUGGGACCUGGUGGGAUCAUUGCCCGAGUGCUCGGCUGCCUUUCAAGAGGACACCAUCCACCUUCUGUAGCCAAGACUAUGUGGAACUUGCUUUUGAAGAGCCAGUUUAUCCCACUGCAGUGCACAUUCUGGAAACCUAUCACCCUGGAGCAGUAGUCAGGAUUUUGGCAUGCUCUGCAAAUCCUUACUCACAAAAUCCACCGGCUGAAGUAAGAUGGGAAAUACUUUGGUCUGAGGCACCUACAAAGGUGAAUGGUCCUCAGGCUCGGCAGUUCACACCUUGUAUCAAACAGAUAAACUUUCCCACAAACUUGAUCCGACUGGAAGUGAACAGCUCCCUUCUGGACUAUUACACUGAAUUGGAUGCAGUAGUACUACAUGGUGUGAAAGAGAGGCCUGUGCUUUCACUUAAGACAUCAAUGAUCGAUAUGAAUGAUAUAGAUGAAGAGGAGGAUGAAGAAAAAUUUGCAUGUGGAAUGGACACCCUUAAUAAACAGUUCAGCAUUGUUACCCUCAGGGAAUGGCCAACUAAUGGAUAUUUUGAUAAACUGCCUUAUGAGCUCAUCCAGUUGAUUUUGAGUCACCUUACAGUCCCAGACCUGUGUAGACUAGCACAAACUUGUAAGCUACUGUAUCAACAUUGCUGUGAUCCUCUACAGUACAUUCAUCUCAGUUUACAACCUUACUGGGCGAGGAUUAAUGACACAUCCCUGGAGUACCUACAGUCUCGCUGCACUCUCAUCCAGUGGCUGAAUUUAUCUUGGACUGGAAACAGGGGAGCCAUCUCUGUUUCUGGAUUUAGCAGGUUCCUGAAAGUCUGUGGCUCUGAACUAGUACGUCUUGAGUUGUCUUGUGGCCAUUUCCUCAAUGAAACAUGCUUGGAGGUCAUCACUGAAAUGUGUCCAAAUCUUCAGGAAUUAAAUCUCUCAUCAUGUGAUAAAAUACCACCUCAGGCUUUCAACCACAUAGCCAAAGUGGGCAGCCUGAAGCGUCUCAUUCUCUACAGAACGAAAGUGGAGCAAACAGCCCUGCUCAGUAUUUUGAACUUCUGCUCGGAGCUGCAGCACCUCAGCUUGGGCAGCUGUGUCAUGAUUGAAGACUAUGACCUUAUAGCGAGCAUGAUGGGAGCAAAAUGCAAAAAGCUUCGUAGUCUGGAUUUGUGGAGAUGUAAAAACAUAACUGAAAAUGGGAUCGCAGAACUGGCUUCAGGCUGCCAGCUUUUGGAAGAACUUGAUCUUGGUUGGUGUCCUACACUGCAGAGCAGUACAGGCUGCUUCACAAACCUUGCACGCAAGCUGCCGAAUCUGCAGAAGCUCUUUCUUACGGCCAACAGGUCUGUGUGUGACACAGACAUCGAGGAGCUCGCUGCCAACUGUACGCACUUGCGGCAGCUGGAUAUACUGGGAACGAGGAUGGUGAGCCCUGCAUCUUUAAGAAAAUUGCUGGAGUCUUGUAAAGAUCUUUCUUUACUCGAUGUGUCCUUCUGUUCACAGAUCGAUAAUAGAGUUGUGCUAGAACUGAAUGCCAGCUUUCCUAAUGUAUUCAUAAAAAAGAGUUUCACCCAGUGACUCUGUACAUAUGCUGCUGUGGGACUCGUUUGACAGAGUUGUUUUCCCGUAAAUUUGUGCUGAUUUUUUUUUUUAAGGAGAAUAUAAAUCUGCUAUAAAAUAGUGGAAACUAUUAAUUAUCUACACAAAUGGGUAAAAUACAUUUAAAUGUAUUAUGUUUCUUAAGGUUGAUAUUGUACCUAAUUAUUAUUUUAUUCUGUUAAUUGGUGGCACUGCAUGUUUUUAAAUACUAGCCAUAUGUCUGGCUUUAAUGAGAAGCAAAUGAAUGUCUUCUUAAAUGUCCCUUCACAGGGUAUUAUACACAGUACACUAUGUUAAUAUCCAGGUGAAAGCAGAAGUUCAAUAUUUAUCAGUAAGGAAAAUAUGGGUGCUUCCUUUUCAUGCGUUUGUGUGUGUAUAUAUAAAUGUAUACAUAUGUAUUUGUAUAUACAUACACAGAUAUUGUAGCAUUCUAGUUUGGCCUGCAGCAUAAGAUUUUAUGAUCUGGCAUAUAAUUAGUUAUUUGAAAACCAGUUUAAGUGUGUAUAAGAACAAAUAGACAAGGCACUUUGUCUUCUUUGAGUUUUGGUAGUGAAUUGUAUCUGAUAGAGUUUUCUCCUUUCCUUCACCUGAAAUAGCUGUAAUGAUGUUUUACAGUCCAGCCUAAGCAACACAAUAGAUAAAUGCAAGAACCUGGAGCACCUGAACUUAGAGCAGAAAUGAAAGAUAAGAUUGACAGCUGCUUCUUGGUAUUGAGAAUACAAAGUUUAAGCCAGGUACUUAAUAUCAUAACUGGUAAUGCAUAGAAAACUCCAGAGAAAUUUUCAAAUUUCUGUCAUGGUCAAGACUUGAUUUGUGAUAGAUCUGGUUAUUGUGCAGAGUACCAUGAAAACUAGAACUUAGGGUAAUGCAUUAGCAACUGUCCUUUCACUGGUGUCAAAUCUACUGUCAGGUGUAAAAACAAUCAUCUUUGUGCAGUAAAACAGCAAUGAAAAUAUGAGUUUGAAACAAGGGCAAUAUGAUUUGAUGAUUCUAUGAUCACGAAACAUUAGUACUGGAUUUGUUUUGUUUGGGUUUUUGUUUCAUUUUGUUUUUCCAAGAAGAGAGUAGCUCAAAGUACUGUUGCACUCUCUCUUUAAGACUGCUUUAUCUCUGGAGAAGGAAAACUGUGUUGAUGGACAAUUUCUGGAAGUUUUUUCCUUUUGCACUUUCUUGGAUGAAGCUUUUCUCUUUUUUUUCCCCUUGAAUACCACUGCUAGAGUAUAUUACUAUGUACAACUUUGGUUUAGAAUUUUACCUUUUUAGCCACUGUUGAUACAUAUGGACCAUAAAAUAUACGCUGUCUUUUGAUACUGGUUCUGUUAUUCUUGUAUUGAUGGCACUUAUUACCUACUGGAAUAAGAAGAAAAAUACUUUGUCUGAGAGAAGUGUAGUAUUGUACUGAAGAUCAGUGACAAAGAACACUUCAGUUCAUGCAGUAAAUAACCAACUGCUACUAGAGGACUGCUGCAAAUUGCUAAAAAUCUGACAAUCUCUGUGACUCCUGAAUGACUGCUUUGAACUCUUUGUGCUGGUGCCAAUACUUUAUAAACUGUGUCAUGAAACAGCUACAGAACAUUUAUCUGAUUUUACUGAAAGACCUAGUUCUUCAGAUUUUUAAAUUUUGCUGAAUCUCUGGGGAAUUCCAGAUCCAAAGAAGGGCAUGCACAGUUGGCUUUUUGAUUUUUUUUUUCCUCCACACAGAUGGCACUAUGGGAUUUCCAACUGGUUUAUGCCAUUCCAUUUUUUUUCUUCUUUAGAAAUCUGGGCAUUGUCAGAGAACUUCAGAUUGAUUUACUUUUUUUUCCGCACUGAAAGAUGCCAGCUUUGGUAUGAUUCUCUCUGAGACCUCAUUUCUCUCAAUUGUGUUUGGGUUAAUUUUUUUUUCUGUAAGCUUGUAACUUUUUUAGUCUAUCUUUUUAAUUGUAAUUGAGGAUUAAACAUUAUUAUUCUAGUUACAGGAGAACACAGGUACAGAUAAUGGGAGUUUACAAAGAACAGAGUUUCAAAACAAAUGUAUUUGUUGUAAAAUUUCACUUCUCAGGGGUUGUUCUGUGUUUAUCUCCUUUUUUUUCUCUAGAGAUCCGUUUUGUUUGUUUUUCACUGUAAAUAGAAUGGGAUGUGGAUGAAGUGAUAGCCAUUGUGCCUUCAAACUGGUAAACUUGGUAGAUAACACAGUUUAACUUCUUGUCAGUGAAUCAAAUAAGUGUUUUUGUAGUCAUGUACGUGUAAAGAAUUUCAUUCUCUGUUGCUUUUUAUGUAGCGUGAAGAAGGUUUAAAUUGAAAUUUUGUUAAUACAGAAGAAUUUUUUCUUUCUUAUGUUGCACCUUCUGUUUGAAAUUGUUUUUUUUUUUUUAGUUCUCUGUUGUUACUUGGAAGAUAUUGAAGUUGACUUUUUAUUUGGAUUGUUUAAAACUUAGCUAUUGCCAACAUAUAAUUAAUUCAAAGAGCAGAGAAACGAUUGGGAAUUCCUUCCAUCUAUAGUUGUAGACUUCAGCCUUCUGUCAGAGAGUAAGAAGCUCUUUUAGGUAGGCCUUAUAAGUCCAAGAAGUCUUCCAGCAAAACAAAGUUAGACCAGACUUGACAUUUGUAAUACUUGUAGGAUAAAGAAAACAACCUGCUUUUAAGACUUUCCUCAUCUUCCUCAUUUGUCACAAAGAAGCAAGAAUAGGUUGCUGUCUCUCUAGUUCUGCUAUCUUACACUUGUGUGUCUAUUUAUUUAUACAUACGUAUGCAUAAAUUAUAUAUCUACACACAUAUGUUCAUGUGUAUAUAUGAAUUUUUUUGGAUGUAUGUACAUACAUAAACAUAUAUGUAUAAAUCUCAAAGCCUUUCAUGUAGGAGUUACUUUUGUAAAGCGAGUGUAAUAGCAAAAAGUGUUUCACCUGGAGACUGGGUUCGUCUCCACCCAUGCAGCAGGAAAAGCCUGGACAGAUGUGCUGGAUUUCCAAUGUUGCUUUGCCAAAGUGCCUUUUGGUUUGUCUGCUCAUGAAAGGUGUUCCAGGGUAUGAAGAGUGAAUGCAAAGUCCGGUCACUACUGUGGACUGUCUCCUUGCGAAGCAGUUGUUUAGAGGGAAACUUUUAUUCUAGUUUCAUUUAACCCAAAAUGAAUUAUGCCAUUUCCUCCAUUGGAGGAAUUUAAUUACUCUUGAAUUGUGUCAUCAUCUCCAUCACUAGACUGUCCCUCUAUCUAAAGUCUGUUGUUAAGGAUAUUCCUUUGUCUAAUCCUGUUGUUUGAUUAUCUGUCUUUCUGAAGCUUUGUAAAAGAUGUGCUUUGGCCACAAAUGUUAAAAAAACGUGGCUGACGUGUCUGAAAAAAGGGGUUUGUUCUGAACUUCUCCUGUUUAAACUUAAGGUGGGCUUCCAUACCCUCUGUAUGAAAUUGAUGUGGGAUGGCCUGUAGGUAAAGAUGUAAUUCCUUGGGUAAUUUUAAAGACUAGUAUGAUAACUUUACCAUUUAAAGCAUCUUCUUUAAUUCAGUAGUAUACUUGUAUUCAUAAUUUUGAGCUGUCUGGUUACAUAGCUCUGUGGCGUCUCUGUUCUUAAAAUUAUACACCUGGUAAGUCCAUUAGUGAGCAUGACUUACAUAGAACAGUUUUGCAUGAGAGUUUGGACCUUAUAGUCUCCCAUGUACUUGGAGGUCCAAGUUUCAGACAAAAAAACACAAACAACAAAGCCUACCAAAACCUUUGUAUUUCAUUAGAGCUCUUAUGCUAAGUUUUCCAGAUACAAGAUGUCCAGUAGUCAUGGUACACAGUGAGCAGAAUUAAUCUCACUGAAUGUUAGUUCUCUGAAAGUUGGACAUCUAUUUCAAAGGAGGAAUCUGGGCACCUCUAGAGAGUUAUCAAUCUCUUAAGGCAGACAUUUAAGGAAAGUAGAAUGCAUCAUGUUCUAGAGAGCCUCUCUGGAGACUGUGGAAGCUGUGAUUUAGCUCAGGUUAGAUACUAAACUGAGAUUAAUUCCAUCCUGUGCUGUACUACCUGUCUUGAAAAACAAGACUGAAAUAACAUCCAUCCUUAAACCUUCAAACCCUUCAAAUUCCAUCCAGAGAGAAGCAAAAAAAAUAAAUUCUGACAACCUUGAGGAGUUUUCUUAAUGCCAGGAUCUGCUUCUGCCCUUUGCCAUUACCUGUGGUAUAUAAUUUGUUUUAUUUUGUUCGUUUGUUUGGCUUUUGGGUUUGGGUUUUUUUGGAAAUGCAUCCCCAUUCCUUGUUUCAAAAUCUCAUGUACCUAACUGGCUGUAUGUAUAGUUCUGUAAAUGCAUGAAGUGAACAGACAAACAUAAUUAAUGUAUUGCUACUAUUUUGAUAAUUUUUCAUAUUGCUAUAAUUAAGACUGAGUAGUUUAACUGCUCUACUGUCAUCAGAAAUGUCACCCACUGUGCAUUUGCAAAAAUUGUGUGCUGAGUCCUGGUUCGUACUGUGUGUACUUAUUGCAUCUUAUGGGAUAUAUUUCCCAUGUCACAUCAGCAGGACUGCUAAAUUUACAAAAACUAGAUUAAAUGUAGCAUUUUAUUAUGAGGACUAGGGGAGUGACUUUAUAUAUGAUUUACAUGUUCAUUAUUGCUCUUUAACAAUGAUUCUGUAAGUUGUAGCUUUUGAAAUUACUAGACUGGAAAUCCCUGGUUUAAUGCAUCUGCACAUGCUGUGUCAGAUGCAGUCAACAUUUUUUCCCUAAUGAAGGCAUUAUUCCUUCACUGAGAGGAGGAUUUCUAUGAUUUUUUUAGAGUUCUGACUUGAUAAUGAAAUGCAAGAAGGUGCUCUUUAAUAAAUGUUACCAGGCACAGGACAAGUUGUGGUAACUGACAUUUGGAAGGACUGAGAAAUAAAUGAGUGUUGCAUGUUACAGAUCCUCCUGAGCUUCAGAGAAGGGCAACAGCAGGAGGAGUCUCUUUAAGAAGAUGCAGCCUCUGUAACAGGAGGCAGUGGUGAGAUUUUCCUUUUCAGCUAAUGGACUAAGUACUGUUACUUUUGUUUGAGUUGCACAGCUCUAGUUUCUCCUUGUCUUUUCAUUUAAGGAUGGUAAAUGGCACAGUUAGGACAGAUGUCCUAAACUGAAGGGCAUCCAUUGGGAGAAAGGAAGUUUUUCUGUUGCAUGUUUUGUUCACCUUUUCUAAAAAUAAAAUAAUAAAAAUACCCUCAA